GAUGCUAUAUUAUACUACCAGCAACCUAAUAUGAAUGUACCUGAAAACAAUUCUGAUCAUUAUUAUCAACUUACCUUAAGCGAUGAUUUAUGGCUUCAGCAGACACGUGACUUUGGCUCAUUUUGCUUUGGUAUUGAUGGAAAGUACGACUUAGACAGUGAUGGGGCACCAAUUUUAUCUUUAGUAGUUGAGGAUAAUGCAGGUUACAGAACUUCAAUUGCAUUUGGACUAUCAAAUAAAGAAAAUAAUCAUACGAUUAGACUUGCCAUAGAAGCUGUUCAGCACAAUAUUCUGUGUAAUGAAAUUGAUUGCAUGCAUGAAUAUGAAUAUAUGGAGUUACCAAAUAGUAAAGGAUUUAUGAGAGCCUGGUGGUAUGCACAAUGA